UACAUAGUACCUAACAGCUUGAGCAAAUAGAAUGGAAGUAGUAGGGAACGCUGAUCGAAGUCACUAGUUUGAGGGGAGGCAGUUCAAACACUUUUGAUAUACUUACCUACGUACAUAGAUUAUACAGUUUUCUAUGUAUAUUGCAUGUUUCUUUUGUAGUUAUCAGUUUGUUGUGUAUGAUUUACGUUUCAUAGUCGUGUUAUGAAAAGUGUGUAAUCUUAAUAUAAUACUAUUACUAAUAUGCCGGAGAAUAAAGAAAAAGAAGAAGAAAAGCCUGUUGUUGCAAAAAAUGCAAUUGAUUUACAGCGAUUAAAACUUCAAAAAUUAAUGAAAAAUCCAGAGAAACCUGUUAUAUUACCAGAACGACCUAAAGCUAAAAGUACACCAACGGUACCAGAAUUUGUACGUAAUGUAAUGGGAAGUAGUGCAGGAGCAGGCAGUGGAGAAUUUCAUGUGUAUAGACAUUUACGGCGUAAAGAGUAUGCCAGACAAAAAUUUAUACAGGAGAAAGGUCGUAAGGAACUUUUAGAUGCUGAAUAUCAUCUGAAAUUAGAAGAAAAUAAAAGGAUAGCUGAAGAAAUAACAGCCAAAAAGAGAGCAAAGAGACAGAAAAAGAAGCAAAAGUGGAAGGAAAAGAAGAAAUUGAAAUUAGUAAAUAACCAAUCAAAUAAAACUGAAGACAGCAAUUCAGACGAUAAUAGUACAGAUAAGGAAGACGAGGAUGAAGAAAAUGAUAACGAAUCUAAAGUUGUAGUCAAUGAUGAAAUUAAAGAUAAUACGAUUGUAGAAUACACAUUAGAGACAAACAUUAAUAAAAAUGUAGAUCGGGACAAGGUAAAUCAAAAGGAAUUGCAAUUACAGAGUAUUACUAAUGCAAAAAAUUAUAAAUCUGAAAUUGAACAUGCUAAUGAUGUAUCAACCUUUGAAUGUAAAAUAUCUGAAAAUAACAGUGAGAAUCGUAUACUUGAUAGUAUAAAUCUUUAACAGAGAAUUGUGUAAGAAUUAAAAGCACUUAAUGUGAAGUGGUCGUUUAAAGCUGUAUUUACAUUUAAUUGUGAUUAUUUCUGCUAAAAUAAUGAACAGUGCUAUUUUUUUAUAAAUAUGAUUACAAAAAUCACUAAGAAUUGUUAAUUUUUUUACACAUAUCAGUGAAAUAUGACUUCCAAAUAAAUAAUUUAAAGUUUUUAAUUCAAAUUUUAAAAAGCUUUAAACAAUGAAUAUAUAAUGUAAAACAAGGAUAUAAAUGUAAAAAGAUGUUUUCAUGAUAUUACAUAUAAUUUAAGUGUUUGUUAUAUAUACCUUCGUUAAAUAUUUGUGUACAUUCUCCAGUUAGAUAAUUGAAUUUAUAUUCUACUUGAGUAUAGAAUGUAUACAAUGAUUUUUCUUUUUUUGAUAGUUGUACAUCAUAAUACUAAAAGAGUGGCAUCUAAAUUGUCAUAUCGUUUAGUUCUUUCAAAAAUGUUUGCCAAAUUGUGAGCAAUUUUCCGAUCUUCGAAUAAAGGAGCACUCUUCACAUAUUUCUCCAGUUGAGAUUUUGCUUUUAUUAAGUCUCCAAUUUUCUCGGGCACAAUUGUUUCCUAAAACAAGCAUUAGAAAUAAUAACAUUAUUUAAAAUAGUUUUUAAUAUUAAAUUAAUGGUUAAUGGUUAAUUAUAAGUAGCAAAUCAUUGUACCUGAAAUUGUUUCAUAUAAUCAGAAAUCACAUCUACAUGGUCACCAAUCUCUGACCAAAGAGUUUGUAAAUCUGACACAUCAGUACAAGCAGCAACAUGACUAAGGGUAAGGCACAACUAAACAAAUUAUAAUAAUAAGUAUGUACAAUAGUAUUAUAUUAUUCUAUGUAUAGUAGUAAGUUUAAGUACUUGUUGUACAAGAGCGUCACGAUGAGGAUAUUCAAUGUAACUUGGUACAUGUUGAGAAUUUUCAAAUGCUACGAUAAUGCUCUUCCAUAAAAUUACAGUGUACUUCUCAUAAGAAUUACAAGCACGUAGUGCCCAUGCUGCAUUAGAACGGACUUUAAAGUUUGGACUGUAGCAUAUUAAAUUACAUAAUGCAGGAAAUAUUAAAUCCUAUUGGAAUAAAAUUAUAUUAUAAAUUGGAAAAAGAAAUAGUUGAUGAAUGUUCAUUUCAUUAAUUACAUACCCGCCAAGAAGAUGGUAAUAUUUCGUCUGGAUUGUUACUUAAAACUAAUCCCAGAGCACGGCAAGCAUUCCAGCGUACCUUCAACAUUCAAUAAAUCAAAAUGUAUUAAAUUAUAUGGCUAUU